UCUAUGCAAAUUUAGUGUUGACUCGCAAAACGAACGGCAUAAGUCAUUUGGAUUUUUAACUGCCAGUCAAUAUAUGUUAAGACAGUUUCAAUAAACACAUUCCCUUAAAAGUUCAGUGUUUACAUAGUGCGGAUUUAAAAGAAAAAGUGAUAUAUUAAAUAUAUUCAGUGUUUUGCUGAUAAACAAAAUUUAUGUAUUUGAAGUAAAUGAAACUCGCCAUAUAUCAGCUUAAAAUGGUUUCGCAUUUCGUUUUGAAUGUAAAGUUUUGUUUUAACUUAAACAAAUGCUAUUAUAUUUUAUCUGCGUUUUGAUGAAGUAAGAUGUUGUGAGCAUUAUAUUUCUCCUUUUAAGGUGAUUAAGUGAGGCCGUACCUUAAUUUAGGUCUGUUGUUACCUUAAUUAUGUAUCUAAUUACAAACUUUAGUUUCCACUUACCCUAAUCUUUAAUCUUUGAUAUAUCAUCUGGGCUCAAAUUCUUUAAACCAAAUAAGGGGAGGAAUUUUUAACAUUUUUGUGUUGUUUUAAAAUUUUGUGGUUGAUUUGCAAAGGUAUUUACAACAUGCAAAUGAUAUUAAAAUGUGAUAAAACUGAAGUAGAGGCUCGUGUUUGUAUUGUGUUUAUGGGAACGUAAAUGUUAUCAUUGGAGAGUGAGGUCCUAAGAUUUUUAUGGCGCAAACUUAUUGCGGUCAAAAGGGUGGGUGCUGUCAGUUUCACUCAAACCAUCGUUUCGAAUUGGAUGUGAUUCUUGGUGACCGGAUUAGUGACCAAAGAUGAAGAGACAAAAAGUGGGGAGUUUUCAAUGGAAUAAAACACCAGUGGAUUAAAACUCACUAAUGUAUAUACUAUUUGAAUACUCUGCUUUGCGAAAAAUGUCACAGUGAUUUUCGGUUUGAUUUAAUUAAAACAAUCAGUGAUGUGUCAGUGAGUUAUCUGAGCUGAAAGGAUGUCUUCUGGCUGUGAUUGUGAAAGAUGAAAUCUAAAUGAGUUUAAUUAUGAUAAUGAGAAAAUAAUCAUGAUCUUUCAUAUGUGACUUUUUAUAUUGCUUGAUGUCAAGGACCUGAAACUGUUUUAAGUUUGGUUACGUGAUUAAGAAUAUUGAGUAAAAAUAGAAAAUGCCAGGAAAGGUCAGAGGGCUCUAUUUAUGGAGCCUGAAAAUGACAGAUGGUUUUGCGGGGUUGGAAGUUCGCAACAUGGCCUCCUCAUGGCGUAACGGUCUAGCGUUUUGCGCACUAGUGUCUCGUUUGCGCCCCGACCUUGUGGAUUACUAUUCUCUCCAUCCAGAUGAUGUGUACAAAAACAACGAGCUGGCAUUUUCUAUCGCAGAACGUGAGUUUGGAAUUACACGAAUGUUAGACCCAGAAGAUAUGGUAGCCCUAGAAGCGCCUGAUAGAUUUUGUGUUGCUACCUACCUCGCUGAGUUUCAUGCGCAUUUUAGGGACAAAAAUCUCCAUGAUCCUCCCGAACCGCCCCCAGGCUAUUUAGACUGGAUCGCUACUCCUAAGAAAAAAGAACAAAAUUUUGAUAAGCAAGAUGAUAUGGGAACCUUGGAGACAGUAGGCUUUGACAAUGAUAAGAAACAAGCACUUAUUGCGGAAUCUGAAAACUCAGGGAAUACUUUGGAAAUCAGGCAAGAUACUGUUGAGGACAUUGAUGAUGACUUUGAAGAAAUGUUUAAAGACAAUCAAAAAGUUCUAGAACUUGAUGAACUGGAAUCAAGAAGUUUUAAAGACAUCUGUAUGGAAGAAAUGGAAGAUUUUCAGUCGGGUAAGAGAGGAGCGGUUUUGCAGGCUAUAGUUAGCGCAGGUAUAACCGCUGUAGCUGCAACUACAGUGGGUGAUGAUGUUGUUGAUCAUGAGGAUAUUGACACUGAAGAUGUUAAGGAACCAUCUGUGAUAGAAACUGAAGAUGUUUGUGAUAAAAAAUCUAGUCAGUUAGAGGCCAGUACAGAAUCAUACAGUUCAUUGAUAUUUCCAAGUCAUGACAGUGGUAUUGAAACUCUUCCGCAUGGAAUUGACAAAUCAGAAAUAGAAGUGCCAGGUUUAGAAUCUCAAGAUAAUAAUGUGCCAGCUGUUGAAAAAGACUUGGUAACUGAUGAUUUGCAAACUCAGGAAACUGUUAAUGUUUUGAAUGCUGAACUUAACAAAGGUAACAUAGCGCUAUUAAAUGUCGAAGUAAUUGAAGAUAAGGAUGCUGAACCCAUGGAAAAAACUUACGCUGUUAAUGAUAAAGAAAUAAAACAGUCAAGAUCACAAAGCACUUCAUCGAGCUCCUCUUCAUCUUCUUCGUCAUCAUCCAGGCGAUCUUCAGCUAAUUCAGUGGACAAAGAAAACGUGGAAAAUCUUGCCGAAGAAAUGGUCUCCCACAUAUUAACUGAUAUCAAAGAUAAUCCCAGUCUUUUGAUUGAAGUAGACAACCAGUUACCAUCAAUUGUGAAGGAGAUUGAAUCAUCAAGCUCCUCUUCAUCUUCUUCAUCGUCAUCCAGGCGAUCUUCAACUAAUUCAGUGGAAAAAGAAAACGUGGAAAAUCUUGCUGAAGAAAUUGUCUCCCACAUAUUAACAGAUAUCAAAGAUAAUCCCGGUCUUUUGAUUGAAGUAGACAACCAGUUACCAUCAAUUGUGAAGGAGAUUGAAUCAGAUUUGGAGGCUGCAGUUGAGAGAGCCAAAUAUUCAGAACCAGAUAAAACAACAGAGGAUGAAAUCAGUGUUGAAAUUGAACCCAGUCAAGGUUUGUACACUGAGCGAGAACCACAACCAGAUGAAUAUAAUCUUACAGAUUCUAUUGGUCUUAUAGAGAGUUAUAGAAAUGCUAUUGAAAGCAAAGAGAAGGAGGAAUCAGAUAGUGGAUCAGCAUCAUCUAGCUCAAGUGAAAACUGUGAAAACAAAAGUGAAGAUGGUAAUGUUGACAAAGAAGAGGAAGGUGAAAAAUGUUCUGUUAAAGAACUAACAAAGGAUGUGUCUGAAGCACUUCCGGAUUUCAAAGAACUUGAUGAUAAGGUUCAAGAAAAUAAAUCACCUGAUAAUGUGAGUGAGGAAAUAGAUGAUAAUAAAUUAGUGGUUGAUUUGGGAGACACAGACAAUGUUCCUGAUAAACUACCUGUAAAACACGACCAUCCAGAAAUGUCUGAUGACCAUGCUGAGGAUGAGAAAUUACGAGCAGAAAAACAUUCAGAAAAGUCAGAUUCUAGCAGCAGCACGAGUUCCGAAUCUGAAUCUGAUUCUGAAGCAAGUGAUAAAGAUACUGACAAGAAUAAUGUUAUAAGGGACAAUACUGAAGAGAAAACAUUACCAGUGGAAGAUAUUGUAAAGACAUUACCAAAUAAACCUGAAACUGAGACACCGGAUAGUCAAGCAAGAAUGGAGACUUCUUUUAUAGUUGCAGAUAAAAAUGAUAUUGUUGAAACUGAACACAAAGAAACAGAAAAUGAAGAAGGAAAGAAUAAAAUUGUACCCACCAAUAGAAAAGAAGAAAGUGAACCAGGUAUACAACAUGAACCAAUUACUCAAAUUGAUACACAUGAAGUUGAAUGUAGCCAAGAAGUUUCCUUGAUUGAACCGCCUAAACAUGGGUCAGAUUCGAGAAGGAAAUCCUCAGGUUCUAGUUCAUCAUCUUCUUCAUCCUCAGAAGAUGAAGCACCAGCUUUACCAGUAUCUGAACCACCAAAGUUAACAAAAAUAGAACUUGCAUCUUCAGACAGUGAUGGGGAAAGAGAUGAUCAUAACAAAGAUGGGUCUAAGAAAAAAGAUGACAACACUAAAGAAAUUGAUAGUUUUGCUGAAAGAAAGCCAUCACAUUCCUCCUUCUCGGAAGAAGAAAGUGAUCAUGAAGAAAGAGACAUAAACAAAUCUCAACAAGGAAAUGUCAGUGUUGAAAUUGAUCCUGAAAAUGCGCUAGCAAUCACUCAACUAAAGGAAGAUUUUGCUAGAAGUACACCAGAAAAGAUCAUUAUACCACCUAAAGACAAUAUUAAUGAGAAUACACAAGACAUAAACAACAGUAAAGGUGUACUAGUUGCUAAUAGUGAGGACACUUCUCCUGAAAGAAAGAAAUCUGGGUCAUCCUCAUCAUCAUCUUCUGAUGAAAGUGACAAAGAAGAAGAUAAUAUUUUGCCUUACACAGGACUUAUAAAGGACAAUGUCAAAGAAUCCGCAGAUUCUGAGGAAAGUGAAAAAGACAAAAAUGAUAAUGAAGAAAUCUUUCAUAAGGAGCCAUCAGAGAUACUUAUAGAAAAAUUAGAAGUAAACAAGAGUAUCAUGCCAGAAAAAGAUCAAUUGUCUCUAAAGAUACUAUCUGCGAACAUUCCUGAAGAUAAACAAACAGUUGACCUAGAAACUAGCAUUAUUCAAGGUUUAGAAACUAAACCUAAAAUUUCUGAAUUGAAAGAAAAAGACUCUUCUUCAAGUUCAAGUUCAUCUAGUGAAGAUUCCAGCAGUUCUGACGAGGAAGAUCAUACAUCUAAUAAGGAUUUAAUGCAAAGUGAUGAUUCAAAAGCAAACCAAGAAAAGGGGGAAAAGCCUGAUGAGAUUGAUAAUUCCAGAACAACUGGAGGUGAAAAUGAAAAGAAUGUUCAUAUGUCAGAGCCAGAACAUUCAGUUAUUUUUCUGAAGCAAGCUGCUCCCUUAUGCUCAGAAGUCCCAUUGAAGAUAGAAGUUCCAUCUGAUGGAAUGGAUAGGAGCAUGUCAGAUGAAAGUGGUGGAGAAAUAAAGGCCAGACCUGCAUUUGCUGCAGAUAUUAGGCUGGAAUGGUCUAGUACAGCUAAAGAAGAUGAAGUGGAAGAUGACAAUAAAACAAUCAAACUUUUAAAAAGCGUUGACAAAGAGUUAAUGAAAAAGGCUGCCUUAAUGUCAAAGAAAAUGGCUGAGUCUGUGACAGCAAUACUGGAAGAACAGAAAAGAGAGCAAGAGGCAAGAAAACAAGAUGAUGGGCCUGAACAGAUACCCACCCCACCUACAACACCAACAAGUGACAUUGAUGCUGAAGCAAAGAAAGCAAAGAGACUUGCAAUGUUCAGACAACUGCAGUUUUCAACAAGACCAACCAGAAAAAAGGUGGAUGAGUUUGAAGAUUCCUUUGAGUCUAGCUCAGGGUGUGAAUCUCCUACAGACUUCAAGAAAAAGAUGAGCAUGUGGAACAGGAAAAGUACAAACAAUGAGCCUGAAAAAAGAGAUACACAAACACCAAGUAAAAUAUCUUCACCAUUUCUGUCCAAGACACCACUUUCUCCACCAGGGGAUCAUAUGAAGAAAUUGCAGGAUUCUUUGCCAAAAUCUUCAUCCGCUGGGUCAGUGGCUGACUACAUCAGGAAAUUAUCACAACCAUCUAAACCCUAUGAAAAAGAAACUGAGGAGGACAAAGUGAAACAGGAGCAAUUUCAGCCAGUAAGAUCUAUCCCGAUAUCAAUGACAGCCAACUUUGUCAUAGAUAACAAACCCAAUCCUGUCAAGACAGAUGCAGACAUAGAAAGCCAGAUCAUUCUCAAAGAUACUGUUAAAGAUCUGUCAAAUGGUCCAACAACGACUAGAAGUCAAUCCACUGUGACACCAUCAUCCAUUUUUGCAGGAAGGCCAAUAAUAAGAAGGCAUUCACAAAACAAAAAACCACCAAGUGAUAGGAAAAUAGACAUAAAACCAGCGUCUGUUGACACCAAAUAUAGAUCGUCUGAACCAGAAAUACCUCACACUGAACUUGCCUCUAGGUCAAGGCCCUUAAAAACACCACAUAAGCUUAGCUUAGAGGUAAAACCUUUGGACCCAAAGCCAGAUUUACAGUUCAAUAAAGAGGUUCAAAGUCCAGAUGAUGACCAAGGCAAGGGUGUGAAAAGAAAUAAUUCAUUUAAAGACAAAGUUCUUGUUGAAAUCAAAGCUCUUGAUAAGAAACCUACAUCCUCUGAUGAAGAAAGAGAGGAAGAAGAAAAAAAGCAGGAAAUAAAGAGAAGAGACUCAUUAAAAAAGCGUGAGGGUUCUCCAAGACGUUCAUUGGCCAUGUCAUCUCCUACUAGACAACAAUCGCCAGAAUCAGAAAGACCACGCAACAUCUGGCAGGAACCUAGUGGAAAGCCGCCAUCUCCGAAAAUAAAAAGGAAAGAUUCUUUUGAAAUUAAAGUACGACCUCAUUCAUUAAGGAAAAGCAGGGAAGAAAAAGAGGAAAUGAAGAAAGAGAGACAAAAUAGCGUACGUUCUGGAUCACCCUCAUCAAGACCACCCACACCAACAAAAGAUUUGCCAAAGAUUGAUGUUACUGUCAGACCCUUGUCAGCCCAGAGCUCACUUGAAGAAGUAAGCAAAAACUCCCCUCAAGAAAAAGAUAAAAUCAUUGAAGGUAAACCACCUCUGCCAAAAGAUGACAAGAACAGGAGUUUGGAAAGAAAACCAUCAAAGAGGCGAUCAAUACUAUCUGUUGUUGAAAAGAUGGCUUAUAAACCUAAAUCUGAAAGUGAUGCAUCCACUGAAGUUGUGGAGGAUACAGUAUUACCAGUCCAGACAUGUCAACAAGAAAGUGUUCCAUCAAAGUCUGAUGAUAAAGAGGAAGCAAAAUCUGAUGAAAUAAAAAAAGUGAAAUCUAGCUCAAGUUCUAGUAGCUGUAGUAGUACAACAUCUGAUUCUGAGCAGUCCCCUGUUAUUGAUUCUGACCAGUCAGCUGUUAUUGAGUCUGAGCAAUUGGCUGGUAUUGUGCCUGAAAAAUCGAAACCUCAAGAAUCUGAAUAUAGAAAAGAGCAAAGAAAAAAUAUUAACAAAUGCAAUUCGAUUUUUAAAGUUGUUAAAUCGAAAUUACCAAAGCCAGGCAAAACUGAGUCUGAAAAUAAGGAUUCAAUAAGUGACAAAAAUGUUACGAAUAUGGAUUUGAAUAAUGAUAACAAAUCAAUUAAAAAUGAAACUUUCUCAAAUGAUGAUAACGUAAUUCAAAAGAAGAGUUUGGAACAAGUAAAUACCUCGUCGCCAUCUUCCCAAUCAUCAGCAGAAAUAGAAAAAGGUGAUCUUAAAGAAGGAUUGAAAGACAUCAUAAAAGAACUUGAAAAAGACAUGAAUAGCAGUAGCUCUGAGUCUACCGAAAGUCAAGAUAAAUCUAAAACUGGUGAACCUGUUCUAAAAGAAGCAACAAUAAAGAAGAAAAGAAGUAAAAGGAAAAAGAAGAAAAAGAAAAGAACAAAAACUGACAGUUCAUCUUCUAGUAGUUCUUCAGAUUCAAAAAGUAGCUCAGAAUCAGACAAAGAUGAUGAUAAUAGAGACACUUCUAAAACAACUUCAAGUGAUACUAACUCAAAUGAAGAUUUAAAUAAUGAGAGCAGGAAUGAUGAUGAAAAACAACCGGAUAACAACGAGACAAGGAACUCUGGAAAAGAUGGCACAGAUACAUAUGCAUUGUCUAUUGAUACUCCAGGAACGUUUUUGGAUGUAAAUGAAGGUCCAAUGUUUUUAAAAGAGUCCUAUGUAGAUCAUCAUGCACCGUCAAAUGCUAAGGAACACAAUAACACAGAAAAAGACACUGCUUACCUUGCUGAUGAAGAAAAUGAUUCAGAUGGUGAAGGCGUUCCAAAAUCUCCAACACAACCUGGAUUGAAUAUAAAGAUGACUCCCUCUGAAGUUGGGAUAACAGUUGUCAUGCCCAAACAAGAUGAGUUGUCAAAGAAACACUCGAGUUCUUCUUCCAGUUCAAGUAGUUCAGGAGAAAGUGAAACAGAUAAGGACAAACUGCCUAAGAUAAAGGGUGACAUAACUGUUCCUAAAGCUGACAUAGCAUUUGAUAAACCUGAGCUGUCAAAGAAACAAAGGAGCUCGUCCAGUUCUUCAAGUAGUUCAGGAGAAAGUGAUACAGAGAAGGACAAAUUGCCUAAGAUAAAAGGUGACAUAACAGUUCCUAAAGCUGACAUAGCAUUUGAUAAACCUGAGCUGUUCAAGAAACAAAGAAGUUCUUCCAGUUCCAGUUCUUCAAGUAGUUCAGGAGAAAGUGACGCACAGAAGGACAAACCGCCAAAAAUAAAAGGUGAAAUAACUGUCCCUAAAGCUGACAUAGCAUUUGAUAAACCUGAGCUGUCAAAGAAACAGAGGAGCUCUUCCAGUUCCAGUUCUUCAUGUAAUUUAGAAAGAGACAAAGAGAAGGAAAAACAACAAGAAAUAAGAGGUGAAAUAACUGUUCCGCAAGCUGAAAUUACAUUUGAUAGACCAGACCUGUCAAAGAAACAAAGAAGCUCUUCCAGUUCAAGUUGUUCAGGAGAAAGUGACACAGAGAAGGACAAUCUGCCUAAAAUAAAAGGUGAAAUAACUGUUCCUAAAGCUGAACUAGCAUUUGAUAAACUAGAGCUGUCAAAGAAACAUAGGAGCUCAUCCAGUUCUUCAAGUAGUUCAGGGGAAACUGACACAGAGAAGGACAAACUGCCUAAAAUAAAAGGUGAAAUAAAUGUUCCUAAAGCUGACAUAGCAUUUGAUAAACCCGAGCUGUUGAAGAAACAAAGGAGCUCGUCCAGUUCUUCAAGUAGUUCAGGAGAAAGUGACACAGAGAAGGACAAACAACUUGAAAUAGGAGGUGAAAUAAAUGUUCCUAAAGCUGACAUAGCAUUUGAUAAACCCGAGCUGUUGAAGAAACAUAGGAGCUCGUCCAGUUCUUCAAGUAGUUCAGGAGAAAGUGACACAGAGAAGGACAAACAACCUGAAAUAAGAGGUGAAAUAACUGUUCCUAAAGCUGACAUAGCAUUUGAUAAACCCGAGCUGUUGAAGAAACAAAGGAGCUCAUCCAGUUCUUCAAGUAGUUCAGGAGAAUGUGACACAGAGAAGGACAAAUUACCUGAAAUAGGAGGUGAAAUAACUGUUCCUAAAGCUGACAUAGCAUUUGAUAAACCCGAGCUGUUGAAGAAACAAAGGGGUUCGUCCAGUUCUUCAAGUAGUUCAGGAGAAUGUGACACAGAGAAGGACAAAUUACCUGAAAUAGGAGGUGAAAUAACUGUUCCUAAAGCUGACAUAGCAUUUGAUAAACCCGAGCUGUUGAAGAAACAAAGGGGUUCGUCCAGUUCUUCAAGUAGUUCAGGAGAAAGUGACACAGAGAAGGGCAAACAACCUGAAAUAACAGGUGAAAUAACUGUUCCUCAUGCUAAAAUAUCAUUUGAUCAACCAGAGCUCUCAAAGAAACAGAGGAGCUCUUCCAGUUCCAAUUCUUCAAGUAAUUUAGAAAGUGACAAAGAGAAAGACAAACAACAAGAAAUAAGAGGUGAAAUAACUGUUCCUCAAGCUGAAAUUACAUUUGAUAGACCAGACCUGUCAAAGAAACAAAGAAGCUCUUCCAGUUCAAGUAGUUCAGGAGAAAGUGACACAGAGAAAGAUAAACAACUUGAAGUUAAUAUUGAAGUAGAUCCAGUGCAAACUGAAAUAACUCUUGAUAAGCCAAGUAAGGACAAACUGUCAAAGAAACAUAAACGCUCUUCAUCCAGUUCAUCAAGCAGUUCAGAAGAGAAUGACUCAGAGAAAUAUAGAAAAUCUGUUCUAAGUAAAGAUCAAACUCCACUUGAAGUAAAGCUUACACGAGGCAUGCUGAGUCAUGAUGAACUCUUGAAAUUGCAUAGGAAAUCUUCAUCCAGUUCAACUAGCAGUUCAGAGGAGAGUGAUGUAGAGCCAGAUAAACAAGCUGAACUCAAUAUAGAAACAACCCCACUUCAAACUCAGAACAUUUUUAAAGUACCUAAGCAUGAUGAGUUGUCAACAAAACACAGAAGCUCUUCAUCAAGUUCAUCAAGUAAUUCUGAACAUAGUGACAAAGAAAUUAACAAACAGCCUGAAAUUGAAGUAGAAAUAAAUCCUAUGCAAGCUGAGGUUGUUGCAGAUGUGCCUCAUCAAGAUGAAGUAUUUAAAAGAGAAAGCGCAUCUAGUUCUAGUAGCAGUUCAGACCAAGGUGACAAAGAAAAAUACAUGCAGCCUGAAACAGUCUUAAAGUUGAGUCAUUCUAUGCCAAAGGAGAAUAAACUAUUAAAGAAACUGCAUGGUUCAUCAUCGGGCACCUCUGAAAGCAGUGACUCAGAAAAAGAAGUAAAGAUGGCACCAUUCAUUUCAAAGCAAAAAAGUACAAGUUCUAGCUCUAGUUCAAGUGAAUCUGAGGCAUAUCAAUCAUGUGAAGAUGAAAAGGACAAUGAUGUUCCUUCAAGGCCUUAUAUAGAGGUUAGUGUGAAGGAAGUUGAAAGUCCAAAAGUAACUGUGGAUUAUGCAGAUUCUGAUAUAAGUGAUAAAUGUGUUGAGGUCAAUGAUAUUGAAGUAAAUGUCAUAGAAGAAAAGAAAGCAUCCAGUAGAAGUUUAAGUAGCUCAAGUGAAAGUGAUGGGGAAACUGAACUGCAGGAACCAAAGCAAUUAUCAAGCUCAUCAUCUAGCUCUGAUGAGAGUGAUGUGGAAAAACAUCGUCUUGGAGAAAAUGAAUCAAAGAUUGAUGUUCCAUCUUCAGUCACUGAGGUUCCUGUAACAGUAAGUUUAGAAAUUGAACCAUGCAAACCAGAACUGAGUACAGAAGAAGAGGCAAAAUCUUCAAGUUCAGAUGACAGCGAAACAGAAGAUGAAAUAAAACAUAAGGGAGAUAAUAGUUCAAGUGAAAGCGAUAGUGAAACAGACGACAAAGAGAUAAGGCCAGAUGAUGUCAAAGUAAAGCAUCAGAAAAUUAAAAGCUCAAGUUCAAGUGACUCCGACAAUGAAUCAAGCAAAUCACCAAAAUUGGAUAAACCAAAUGUUGAUGACACUGAGGAUGAAUUAUUGCAGUCAGUUAUUGAAGAUUCAUUACCAUUUAAGGCACCAGUACUUGAAACAAUGAUCCGGUCUUCUUUUGACGAUGACAGUACAGAUGUUAGCGAAGCAAAGGACACUGCAAAGGAAGACCGAAAAAAGACAAGUUCAAGUUGUUCAAGUUCAAGUAGUAGUUCUUCAAGUGGUGAAGAUUCUGACAAAGAGGCGAAGUCGGAUGAGUCUGACAAUGAUUUAUACAGUGAUAAACUAACAGAUCUUAAAGAAAAAAAGAUAGAAUAUCUCUUGCCUGCAUGUAAUGUUAUAGCAUUUGACUAUAUUAAUGAAAAAGACUCAGGUGGUAUAUUCAAAGAUUUCAACUUUGUUCCAGAUUAUGAUAUUCAGGUGUAUGACGUGUCAAAUGAAACAGAGGAUGCACCUACUGAGAGAGUAAAUGAUGCAAAGCCCAAUAUGCCUGAAAAAGAAAACAAGCUUAAGAAUGAGUUGGAAUUAUCAUUUGAGCCAGCAUUGUAUGCACCAGAAUGCAUAGAUUUGGGGGAAAGUGAUGAUGAAUUACUGAAAAACAUCAUUCUAGAAAAUCAGAUGAAUAAAAGAAAUAUUGAAAAGCGCAAAAGCAGCACAAGUUCAGAAGACAGUAUACAAUAUGCGGAAGAUAAAGUACAAAUUAAAGAAGGGAUAAAUGCCUCCUUGGAAUCAGUUCCAGUUGAUUUGGAGCAUAUUGUUGUCAAACUGCCUACAGGAUCUGUUGAUCUGGCUAGCAUUGAAAGUCAGAUCACGCCAACCUCUAGGAAGUCAUCCACCAGUAGCUCAUCCAGUAGCAAUGAUAGCUCAGAUGAGGAAAAUGAUUUGCAAGUGAAAAAAACAUUAUCUAGAAAGUCUGUUAGUUGUAGCAGCAGUGACAAGGACAAGGAAGGGGAUACAGGAAUUGAAGAAGCAAUAACUCAUGAUGCUGAUUUGUAUGAUGACGUAGCUGUACCACAUAUGUACGAGAAUGUUGUGAUCCAAAGACCCGAAAUUGAUUUAUCCUGGCAGAGUCCCGAAGGUUCAAGGGAAAUCGAUGUUAAGGAGCCCAUUUACAUCACUAGUGACAUGAUUGAGCGUAUACCAGAUAAUUAUAAACUGGAACCUGACAUUGGACCUUUGUCCCCUCUAUCCAGUUGUAGCGAAGGGGCUGACAAGUCAGAUGCAACCGUUAUUGAUGUUACUGUGGAGACAGGUGUGUCACUGAGGAGUAGGUCAAGUACAGCUUCAUCUAGUGAUACAGAGAUUGGUGAGGAAAUUGGCCUUGAUAAAGAUAUUAGUGUUGAGGGCAAGAAAUCUAGAAGUAGAAGUUCUUCAAGAGAAGUAGAGAAAGGCGAUUCACAUGUUGAGCCAGAAUCUCACAAAAAGGGAAUUGUUGAUAAGGUGAUAAGUAAAACAAAGAAAUGGCUGAGUGAUAAGAGAAGGAAAAAGGAUGGGACUAAGAAAAGGAAAAAAGUCAAAAAGGAUGAUUCUGAUGAAAAGUGCACAGCAGAUGCCUUUGUUGAUGUGAAAAAGGGUAGUAAAUCAUCUGAUGAUUCAAGCAGCAGCAGUAGCAGCUCAUCUGACUCUAGUAGUAGUGAGAGUAGUGAUGAGGAAGACACUACUAAGGUAGCUCAACCAGCUUUGGAUAAGAGUAAAAAAGAUGGCAAAGGAGCAAAUAAGGCUAAGGGUGAUGGUGAAGAGGAUGCAGACAGAUUUGUGAUUGGUCGAGAGAAGGACCCAAGCAAAAGUGAGGUGGCACGCUUGAUUCAACAGUCCCUGGAGCUGGAUCGACGAAGGGAUCAGCUUCGUAAACAUGAACAAGAAAAAUUACAACAACUGCAUGACCAGUUUAAGACUGGGUAUAAUGACUUUCCGCGGGACGAAGUUCUGGAACACGAGCACGUGCAGCGACUCCAUUCAGAGAGCGUGUCGAGCCGCGAGGAUGACAAUGUUGACCUUGAUGAGUCAUCCGGGGAGGAAGACGAGAGGGUUGGGGAGGAGAUGGAGGAUGCUGAAGUUUCUGAAGAGUUCCAGGCAGGGGAAGCAACUCCAUUGUCCAUGCCGUCAGGUGUGGACAGUGAUAGCAGUGUCAGUUCCCCCGAGGAGGGUGUCUCUGCUAGCCUGGCCAUUGAAGGGGUUUCAGAAGGGGUCACAGACUUGGCCACUCCCAGUCCAGAAAUAUGCCCUGAUAUGGAGCCACAGGCACUAUUUAUUAAGCUGAAAGAGGCACAGGCACGGAUUGCUGAACUAGAAGCAGAACUAGCGCGACUGAAGGGUCGUCUGAUUGUGCUGGAGGGUGCUGAUGCUGGGAAAAAGGCAGGUGACCGUAAAAACGAGGAAAUGGCCACCCGAUUGCGUGACGUCGAAAAAUCUCUUCACACUGCUCGCAAGGAGAUUAACCACUACCAGGACUUGAUGGAGGGAUCCCAAGGCCAGUAUAUCGCGCUUGAGAAGAAAAUGCAAGGGGAAUUAUCUGCCCUUGAAAAGAAAUACCACAAGGCGAAGAAACUUAUAAAGGAAUACCAGCAACGCGAGAAGGACUUCCUGGCCGAGCGAGAAUCACUACUUCAACAACAGACAGAGAGAAACCAGCAAUAUGACGCAUUGGUCAAGUCUCUGAAAGAUAGGAUAUUUGAGUUGGAAGGAGAAGUGCGAGAAGCUCACAGGGAGGCUGGAUUACCCAUCCCUCCUCAAAAGCAGAGGCACGAGUCACCAGUGCAGCCUUCGACAUCUGCAACCCCACCCACACGAGACUCCGGAAUGCGCCCCCUACACGAUCAUGAUGAGAUUUCUUCCGAGAGUGAGUCUGUUUCUUCAUCAACGGAGCCACCUAGCCCAGCUGUAGAGGUUGCAGUUGUAGCAGAAACUGGCCCAGUGUUCAAAUCAGCACCCCCUAAAGUGGCCCCUAUUGCUGCUGAUGAUGAAACAGUCACUCCAAAACAAGCCCCUGUUUUUGAGUCCGUCCCUCAGACCAGGCUUUUAGACACAUCAGUCAACAAGUCAAAAGCCCAGCUAGCAGCUAAUUCGCCACGACGUCCUCCGACCAAACGACCAAAGUCUGUGGACAGUGAAGAACUGAUACAAGCUGCCAUAGACUCGCGGCAGGAGAGUCGGGUCGUCGAUACAUGGGUCGCCAAUGACAGCGAAAACACGGUACGCAAGAGUGACCAUCGCCGUCGUCGAGGUGAUGCCAAGGAAGACGCUCCCCAGGGGACCGUCCCACCCCCUGUAGUAUCCGCCCCCACCCCUCCCCCACCCCCCUCUGAUCACUCAGACACGGGGGAAAAUUCGGAGUCUAGUGAUGUCCCUAGGGAAAGGCUAAGUUCCGAAUCCUCAUCCACAAUCUCGCAAACGUCAUACGACCCAAGCCGGCCAAAUUUUGCAGGACGCGAUAGUGAGAUUCCUGGCCUUGACACUAUUUCCACGACAACGAGUGGAACCGCCGACACCAGUGCUUCAGACAACUCCUCCUCGGCUAAGAAAUCAAAAGGAAUAUUACCCCGCCUGCCUUUCAAGUUUGGGAGCGGUGGGGACAGAGACAAAGGGGGUGGGGUCACCCUCAUUUCAGCCCGGGGCAUUAACUCUGAGGACAGCCCUGUACCUGAGGGCGGGAUCACACUUAUUUCAAAACGCAAACUUGACACAGGAACUGACUUCGAUGGUGUGAGCCUUGCAAGUGACACAUCGUCAGGUUAUAUGGUCGGGGAGACUGAGUCUACGACUUCCUACACCGUGGCAGCUCCGCCAGCUGGACAGGCAAUGGGAGGCAGCCUUGGCGCGGGCAUGAACACAUUUAGCACGGGCGGCAUAAAUGAGUGGACGGAGGAUCACGUACGACACUGGCUGAUGGGGGUGGAAAUGGAGCUGUACGCCGACACGUUUCGUAAUCAUGGGGUCACUGGUCCCCAGCUUCUGGCUCUCGAUAACAAUAAACUCAAGGCAAUGGGAAUUGUUAAUUCACGAGACCGUGACAUGUUGAAAAAGAAGGUGAAAGAAUUAAAGAUUGCCAUGGAGAAAGAACGUAAACAACAGGAGCGGGAAAGGAAGCAAAUGGAAAAAGAAGCAAAAGCGAGAGAAAAGGAGCAAAAGAAAUUAAUGGCCAAAAAGAAAUAACGGAAAGUUGAGGAUAGGAUGAAAUUAUAGAAUUUAACUGACACAGUGUUCGUUGUAUUAAUGAAAUUGUGAUAUUUCGAUGCUGUUAGUGGCAUCUUAAUGUAACCAGAGAGUUAUUUAUAGAAACAGUCGGCAGGCUGGCUAGAUUUGUAUACAGAUUUACUUUUUCAGCAGCAUUUGACAUAGCUGUCUUAAAAGAUGGCGAUUAUGCAAAAUGAAAUGUUAUAAUGAGAUAUGAACAAACUAUAGACAAUUGUUAAUGGUCUACAUGUGUACGAUAUGGCACAGUACCAAUCUUGUAUUUUAUUUUGUUACUCACCCACGGAGCGCAAGUUUUGCAUAACAGACCAAUGUGUGCAAUGGUCAUUUCACUACAUUAUGUGACAAAUUAAACUUGCUUUUUCUCCUUGUCUACCAAUCAAAUAACCAGAAAAAAUGAAAUUCAAUUUCUUUACAUAAUUAUAAUUAAUUUGUGUCUUGACCACUCUCUUUCUAUCAUUGUUUAUUUUUGAUUCUGUAUUAUUAUUUUCUGCGCAGUCAUACCAUAAAUAUUCUCUGCAGAAUAAUAUAUAUGUACCUAUAAUCCAUUUUCUAGCACACCGGAUAGGCAUUUCCGGUGAAUUCAGCCGUGCUGGAAAACUCCAUCUGGCAUCCCCCCAUGCCAGAUUUUCUUCACAAAAAAUGUAAUGAAAGGUAUGCUAGAAAAAAUAUCUAUCAUGUGUGUCCGUUCCGGAUAGAAAAAUCCGACACUCGGGCGCGCUGCGUAGUCGGUAACUCGGCAAGCCUCGUUACCUGGCAACGCAGGUGCCCUCGGGUCGGAUUUUUCUAUCCGGAACGGGAACACAUGACAGAUAUUAUUAUUCCAAUACCUGUGACAACUGUUGUAUAUAAGUCGACUAUGUGGAGGGGUGACCGCAAGAAGGUUUUAUCCGCUUCUAUAUUUAAUGUCACUUGGAGCCUUUUUUGCUCCCACCCCUGGGGAUUGUACUUAUCAUGUAAUUGAUACAGCAGGGAUUUCAUAAACACUAAGCCAUAAGGUGCUAUUUGUGUUGUUGUUUUUCUCUGCUGUUCCGUAUGUAACACUUCUAUUUUCAUGUACUGUAGAUCGCUUUAAAUUCAUGAGGAAUUAUUUUCGCGACCAUCACGUUUAAUCCAUUUUUGCGACAUCUGAGUUUUCAUAAAACAUAUAGAUCUAUAUGAAUUAAAUAUUUUUAUACACUGUAUAUUUUCUAUAAAACAUUUCUCAGUGUUUUUAAUUUACGACAUGAUGGACCAUCAGUUUUCAAGAUUAAAUGCCUCGCAAAAUUAAAACUCUCGUGAAAUUAAAGCAGUCUACAGUAAUCACUUAAAACAUGCUGCUACUGUUUGCUGAGAUUAUAAAUGGAACAAUGAUUCAUAGAUAUUUUCUGUAUUUUAACCAUAUCAAAAUUAAUUAUUGAUUUUAGAUACUAUAUGAGUAUAGGUAGUAUAAAGUGCGUUUCGAAGGUUGAAUGCGAAAAUGUUUUAUCAACUUUUUUUAUUUCAUGUCACUUAAAGCCUUUUGGCUUUAGUACCAUUGUUUAUACAUAGGCAGAUGUAAUAUAAUUGUGAUUUCUAUAAUUUAUUUAUGACAUAGAGUUGUAUAGUGAUUAAAGUUCAAAGGAUACAAAAUUUAACGAUAAAUAAAACGCUUGGUUUGAUAAUGCGCAGGGGAGAUAUAGUGAGAGAAAUUAUAUCAUAUAAAAAUCUGUCAUUUUUUAAUCAGAUUUUUCUCAACAUCUUUCUGUUGAAGUAGGCCUGAAAUUGACUUGGAAUAAUUAUUAAACACUGAACACGAUCUUUACUAUGCUGGCAAUAAUUUUAAUAAUAGUCUGUGGGGAAUUACCACACGUUAUCCUCAGUUGAAUUCAGUCAGUAUGUACUACACUGUGAGGGUUGUCGGAUAGCAGCUGGUAUUCUAUUAUAUUAGUGUAUAUUACUGGGUUGUAUGGUUUACACAGAUGGCAUUUACCUGACACAUGUUAGGUGGGGGUGGGGGUGUUACCAUAGUUGUAAGCACAAUUAGAUUUAGUUACUGUCAAACAAACCUGACCUCAUUCACCCAAAUUUUGAUUAAUUAAUAUUGUUUGUUUAAUUUGUUGUUCGAAUUGUUAUUGGUCUGAUUAUCUUGGAUUUUUUUUUUACAAAAUGAGGUUUGAUUACAAACUAAGCUAAAUUAAUAAAUUCUUUCUCAUAAUAUUGUGAUAAUAUGGUUAGUGUUGCUCAAAAAAACUAUCAGUGAGUCUUAAUUAAGCAAAAGUGAGGGGGCAGGGGAUGGGGUGUGGUGGGGGUAGUUUGGUUGAAGACAGGGCUUUGUAAGUGCUGAUUAUGUUAACAGCGCUUCAACUGUUUAAUAAGGCAUGAGUACAGUUUAGCUCAUGUUAAUAUGGGAUAUUUCGUUCCCGAGUGGAUUAUUUGAUUUUUCGUCUCAAUAACAACAUCAAUUUAGGAGAAUUUUAAAGCCAUUUUUUGUGAGAUCCAAAGGCAAUAUUAAUCUGGAACGCAACAAGCAGAAAUCAGUCUCGGCAUAAAAAUGUAUGACCUAUUUUUGCUUUUUGCGAUUCACAUUAUAAUCAGCCUGAGGUAAAAAUCUGGCAUGUAAAAAAUAUUCCACAUCAAGGGAUUGUUAGAAUAGGCUGGGUAGGACGAAGGGACAAACUUUUGUUCUACAUUAAACCAAGCCAUCAUGAUAGGGAUGUUCUCUUGAUAAGCCAUUAGGCUAACACUGCUUAUUAUAGAUAUUGCAGCUCGUAAAGAGAACAGUUUAUGGUGCUUUUAGCAACACGUAUGUAUGUAUGUUUGUAAUGCAGUUUCAUGUUACAACAUUUAUAUUAUUAUAAUAUUUUUUAGUUUCCAAAAUGUUUUUGAAAAUCAAAAUUUUUCCAGUGCUUGCUUAUAUAAAGUAAAUAAAUAUGUGAUAAAAAAAUUCCUAACCCUUAAAAGUUAAGAUGGAAAUCUUGAAUAACAACAUACAUACAGGUUAUUGCUUAACAAUUGCUUAACAUAGUUUUGUAAUCAAAGCACUUAAGCUUUGAUACUUGUGAAAUGUUUCACUGUUUUAAAGUCUGGUUGUAUAACUUCCUGUUUUGUGUCAGGUUGUUCAAGUAGGUUGUAGGUUGUCUGAAAGCCCGGACAUGUUUUGAAGCCUGGUCCUUAAAGACGUCGAGGACGUAUUUGAGAAGCUGUCACCAAUGCAGGCUGCAACAAAACUUCAUAAGAAUCAUAUUGAUAUUAAAUACAACAUUUGAAUAUUGCAAUGCUUAGGCCAGGUAUUCUAGAGUUAAAGAUGAUUUGGACAUCUUUAACCAAUUUCAUAGUAACCAAUUUCAUAGUGUAUUAAAAAAACAACAUUAAAAUAAGCCAUCGAUAGUUGUAGGGCAGUUGUGUUGUGAUUUUAGGGUCGGCCUGAAUAUGUGAGGGCCAGAUUUAAAGGUGACGGCCACAGUUGGAAAGCCUGUCCAUCCGUGAGAUUGACAAGACACCAAUCGUCCUCUCAAUCCCAACCACCAUCCCCACCCCCAAGACUCCCCCCAACCCUAACCCCACCCUAAUGUGUCAUGUAGAUCUGUCAUAUCAAACACCCACCCACUGCUUACAUCAUGCAGGCUCAGUGCAGGACUGUCACAACUUCUAUUUUUUUGAGAAUUACGACAGUCUUCCACUCAUUCACCAAUCUGUCUAACACCAAUUAAAAUAGAUACCGUAGUUUCUUGUUGUCUCACACUUUUGUCCUCCUGUACUUUAUAUGCUUGAUCAUUCAGUGUCAUAUUUUAAUACCAUUUACCAAGGUUGUGAAUUUUCGUCAUUUUUUUGUUAACAUUUUAUUUUAUUACCUUUCUGUACAUAUUUUUUAAAAUAUAUAUUUUAAGGAGCGUUUGUAAGACUUCAGUUACUUCGUCUAUACGUUUAGAUACUUACUGCUGUCUUUAAAUCACUCCAUGAUUCGCCAGGUCAGUUUAUAUAUAAUUAUAGUAAUUGUUAUCUAAACCGUAUGGGCUUCAAUCAAAACUUGCAUCAAUAGAUCAAUUAUGUAUUAAUUAUGAAAUGAAAAAUCAUUAGGUUUUGUUGAAGUCCUUUUUUAUAUAGUUGCGAUAAAGGGGGCUAAUUGGUUUGUUUUGUAUUUGAAAACCAGAAAGAACAAAUUUACGUACACAAUAAUUGUACAUACAAAAAAUGGUAUAUAUUUCAUUUACAUUUAAUCUGUUCAUUUUUUAUUGUAUUUUGUACAUAGAUAUCAAUUAAGAAUACAAAUUUUCUGACAUAUUAUAUUUUUUCAUAGGGAGAAAGUGUAAUUAAUCGAAUAAAAUCAUAUUUAUAUGAAUAUAUUGUACAAGAUGAAUAUUGUAUUAACGUGUUCUAAAUUUCUGUUCAGUUGUGAUGUAAUCCAGAAGUUGAGUUGAGUUGAAACUGUGCUGAGAAUGUACACUAUUAGUGCUGUACGGUGUUGUAAUACAAACACAGUGCUUUAAUGUGCACCACUUGGUGAAGUGCAGUACACUGUUAUUUGGUUGUAUUGUAGCUUGGAGCUAUACAGGGGUUAAAUUUUCACAUUUUACGGGGGUUAAAUUUUCACAAUUUUCUCAUAAAGAUCAUGAAUUUUAACCUUUAUAAAUGAAAGAAAAAAUUAGAUAAAUGGUAUAAUAAUUUUCGACUUCGCAAAUUUGGUUAAAAGGUAAAAAAUAACAAAAACAUGACAUUACAAAAAAUUUAAAUCUUUACAGUACCAAAUAAACAGUUGUGCUGCACUGUACACAUGAUUUACCAAGACCAUUGCACCCAAUAGUGCUUUGCUUUUGUAAAGUACAGUGCUGUGCAUCAUAACACUAAGUACAGUACGUUUCUAAGUGGUGUACACUAUCUGUAUUAUAUAGGUCUAUACUCAACUAGAAACUGUUGUCACGAAAACACUAUAAAUGAGCACACACACAAGAAAUAAAACAGUACAGUGCUGUUUUAACAUCUCGAAAUUCUUGAACUGUACAGUGCUCCACUCUGCUGAUAAUGUAUAAGUACAGGGCUGUUCUGUACACCAUGCCAUACAGUUGUCUCAAUGUAGGCUGUAAGCUAUAUACUCCUGUAUUCUUUAUACUCUUUCUAUAAAUAAAACACAUACAACUGAAA